GAAGCCGAAGUGGGGGAGGGGAGUCUCUCCACUGGGAAAAUUUGCUCCUCAUUUGUACGAGUCGUAUUACAGCUCAGACAUCAAAUACGACCUGAAUAUCAUGUCGUUUUGAGCGAAAACUCUGGUUAAUAUGCAGAGCUGCGCCUUCUCCUCGUUUUCCUCCAAAUAUUCCGGAUUAUCGAAGGACUUUGAAUCGCCUGCAGGAUAGAGACUGAAGCUUCCGCGAAAGCUGAACAGCGAAAUGGGAAACGUGAUACUAAUGGUGCUUCUGGUGCUUCACCUGCCGACAGGUGAGGCUUUUUAAUGAUUAAAUGGACACAGUUUUAGCUGUUUUCCUUCAUUUAAUCAAGUAUUUUCAGUUUUCACCUGUCUAUAGGCAGAAAGUUAGAGUGAAACUACAAAAGCAAACAGUCUAAAAAGUGAACAAGUUAAUUAUCAACAGGUGUAAACAGGGCACGGCAAAUUACAGUCACGUGACUUCUUAUUGCAAAUUGUGUUUUUAACCACUUUCUCCAGAAUACAACAGAUUUAAAUGGUAAAAAGACUUAGUAGACUGUUUAUCAGAUCAAGAUUUUAAUGUAAACAACAUCAAAGUUUAGGACUCCUGAAUGAGGACAUCAAAACGAGACUAAGACAGACUCAAAGAUAUUAGUUGAAUUACCCUGAUAGCGAUAUUGUUUUUACGAAAUUGAUAUAAAAAAAUGUAGGGAUUCAUAUCUGCUUUUUAAUUUAAUGCAGUUUUUACAAACGUUUGGGUCAUGUAGACAGUAAAUGUCUGUAAACAACACCCAUAACAGUAAUCCAAAGUCCAAAGAAACAGAUGUCCUCUUCUGCCAAAUUGUUAGUUAAAAUCCUGAGGUGUUAAAUUUUUAAAUCGAAAACAGCAUCAACAUUUCAACUGCCUGAACCAGCAAACAGACAUUUUUACUCUGAAGUACUCAAAGCAAUUGUGGGGUUAUUUAAGUCUGAGGCUACUGUUUUUAUUUCACUCUCAUCAGAUUUAAAAAAAAAAAAUAUAUCCCUUUAAACCUCUGAAAUGUGAGAAUUUGGGAGAAUUAUUUGUUUUUGUUUUAUAUUAUUGUGAAUUAGAAAACAAUCUCAUAACAAAUUAAUCUGAAAUAUGGACUUUCAAUGUUUGGUUUGUUAAGCAUUGGGAAUAAACGUUUUGAAAAUUGUAAAAACUUCUUGUUGAUUGUGACUAAGCUAUGGUUUGAGCUCUGGAAAGCUGACUUUUUCCUGCAUUUAAAUGCUCAUGAAGCUGUCUUUAUAUAGCCUCCAAAUGUGUGUGGGAGUUUGAUAUUUGACCUUAAACUAAACUGUUACAAUUAGCAGCAAAUCCUGUCAUCAGUUCCUUCACUCAUGGUCAUGAUUGACAGCUGUUACCACUUAUAAUUGUAGAGCACAACAUGUGCACAUACAAAGGGGUAAACUGUUAACCUGUUUGUUCAGAUUUUUGUCAGUCCAGAAAAUAAAAGCGAAGCCAGAUAAACACAAGGUGUUUUGGCUUACGUUCUUGGAUUUUAAUAUGUGUCACUGCUGUUGUUGUUUCACAUUUUAUCUCCACUGUCAUCUGAAUAAUGUUCCUGUUUGUGCCAGAGCUGCUGUCCAUCCAGGUGAGUGUUCCAGAGACAGAGAGGAGUACGACUCUGUUCGCCUCAGUCAUUCUGCGCUGCGAUUAUUCAACCUCAGCGAACGCUCAGGAUGUCCUUGUCUCCUGGAAGUACAAGUCCUUCUGUAAGGACCCGGUGCUCGAGUUCUACUCCACAGGUGAGGAAAGAGAUUUUAAUAUGCAAGAAGGUUCAUCUAGGCCAUAAAAUCUGAUGAUUGAUAUGAGUGAUGUUUAUGAUAGAUAAACUGGGAAGAUUUCGUAACAUGCUGUUUUUAAGGUCAAUGCUUGUUUUCCCUCGAAUACUGUGUUUGUUUGUCUUUUUGACCAGCUUUCUAUUAAUUCAACAACUAACAGCAAGACCAUCUUAACUCUAGGUAUCAUAGCCAGCUGUCUCCAGUCAGUCAUACACCACUUAGUCACAACAGCAAGUAUAUAUUUUUUUAUACUAACAGGCCAAAAAAACUUCAACAUCGUGAGUGAAUGUCUUUUUUGUAUAAAUGAACAGACGGUGAUGUGGAUCUGUUUACUUCCUAGGGCUUUAAACAGUCAACACAAUUCAGCCUACCACUCUAACCAGGUUUCAAACAACAUUAUUCACCUCUCUGAUUGAGUAAAGGGUGUGUUUGGGCUGAGAGGUGUUUGCACUUGAUUGUGUUGUGCUAUAUCUAAACAGAGCCAAGCCCUGUGCCAAGUGAAUGUUUGUUAAAACAAACAAAAGGACGAUCUAGUACUUUUAGUAAAGGGAUUUUUUGUUGUUGUUUUGAAACCAAGCUUUGAAAAUUUUCACAGUAGCGACCAAAAGUUUGUUUUCACUGUUUUAUAUCUAUCAAGUAGUUUUUGAAAACUUUAAAAUCAAAAAUCCUAAGUGCAAGAAAACAUCAGCAGACGUAUGACUGGAUUUACUUAUCCAUUCAGUCGGCUGAGUUUCAGGCAAUUAAGUCAAUUUGCUGACAAACAGUUGAAAAAAUGUUGUUGAAUUGUAUUCAAACACCUGCUGGUGAUGCAUUGAGAGAUGUCCACAUUACCUCAACUAAUCAGAUUGCUUUUUAAUGCAGUAGUUUCAUUAUACAACUGUGAGUCUGUGUAUAGUAGAGGGUAAACACUGGACUCGGGGGCUGUGACUCAGUGAUCGUAUGUUGUCCCCCAGUCAGAGGGUUGUCAGUGAACUCCAGGUCCUGCGGUCACAUGCCAAAGUGUCCUUGACCAAAACAUCAAGCUCAAAUUGCUCUGCGUGGCCAGCAGCCUGUGAAUGCAUGUAAAGGAGGAUAGAAAGGCUAGCUUUGGCAUUAUAUAAAAACCAUUAAGGUGCUAUAUAAAUGCUAUACAGGUACGAGUUCAAUUACACAGAGGUGUCUUGCAUUCAUUUUAGAUAUUAAAAUCUCUUUGUGAUACUGAAUUAACAAGAUACAGACCCUCAGUUGUUUUAAAUAAAUAGCAGUACUUUAAUCUCUUCCACAAUCUUUUUUUCUCAUUGUCAUCUUUUCAAUUGACCUUAAAGUCCACCAUUAAGCCAGCCUGAAUUUGUUUCAGAUGCACCAUCUUUUGUCCAUGAUGCAACCACAUUCGCUCAACCGUUUUUUUGGACAAACUGCUGAAGUCUGACAAAGUGCAGAGAAGUAAUGUGCAAGUGCACAGACAAAUUCAUAAUUCUAACAAACAUUUCUUUUGUGAUUCUGCAGCCUAUCAGGCCGCUCUGCAGCUUGGUCAGGACCCAUCCAACGACUGCAGUGACCGCCAGCGCGUAGUCCGCACAGUUGUCCAGAAGAGAGGCCUGAAUGAGCCAAUUCUAGGUGCAGAAUACAGGAACCGCAAAAUAACCAUUCAGAACAGUAAGUGUGAUCUGUACUCCACGUUAUAAGACUGAAGAAUCCUGCUUAGUCCACUAUAUGUUAUAUUGUAUUGCUUUUAAAGGAAGUGCAGUAUUGGCCAAUCAGUGCGCUUCUUGUCCUAUUUACUGAUUUGGUUUGCAAAACAGGUUAAGCUAUGCUGUCUGAUGUAUAACACAAGUGACAGAGUGGACAUAGAGCAAAUAAAGAAACCAAAACAAGACCUUCAAAUAUCCGCAAAUCUUUUGUUAGGAACGUAGUUGUAUUUCCACUUUGCUGAAGUUCAAACCUCUCCUACAGAUGCUGACUUGGUCAUCAAUGAGGUGAUGUGGUGGGAUAACGGCGUCUAUUUCUGCUCCAUUGAUGCUCCUGGUGACACAGUAGGAGACUCUGAUCGAGAAGUCAAACUUAUUGUGUACCGUAAGUGUCUCUAGUAGGUGUAGGUACUCAAAGUCACCCUAAGCCUGUGUGUUGCUGGUGUGGAAAAAAUAUUGACGAUCAUAUCCUCUGAUCUGUUCCAGACUGGCUGACGGUCCUGUUGAUCAUCCUCGGUGCUCUUCUGCUCAUCAUGCUCUUCUGCAUUUGUUGCUGUCAGUGCUGCCCGCAGAAGUGCUGCUGUUAUGUCCGCUGCCCGUGCUGUCCACAGACCUGCUGCUGCCCAGAAAAAGGUAAAAGAGGAGUCCCAAAGCCGUGCAUGGAAGUUUAGCAUUUUAGGAAUCUUAUUUUCAGUUGAUCAUGAAGGGAUAUACAGAUCCAAAGUUUUUUUGUUUAGCUGAAAUUAAGCUUGUGACACUUGUUGAUGCAGAGAACUUUUCAACAUGGAGGAAGUUUGAAUGUGUCACAGUAGGAAAAAGUCACAGAGCAAUGAGAGAAACUGGGAAAUUUCAACAGAGGAGAGCUGUUAAAGUUUCUAAGAACAUAUUUGAGUUUUCUCAUUCAAGCAGACAUAUCAAUACUUGCCAAAUCAUGGACUGAGAUGGAUUACCUCAAAGCUUUUGAGUCAAGCUCUUUUUUCUCUUCUCUGGUUCCAGCUGUGAUGCAGCACAGGAUGAUGAAACAGGCCCAGAAAGCGAUGGUUCCCUGGAUGAAUGGACAACCCAUUUACGCUCCCAUCAGCUCCAAUGCCUCCGCUCAGGGCGUCCCCAUACUGUACUCAGGUGAGCAACACAAUGGUACAACAAGGUCUCUCUUUGAUGCUUUGUUGUUGAUCAAAAUGCCCAAAACUGAGGGUGUGUGUUUAAUGGUGAUGGGAAUCGCAUGACUACAAACGGUACACUUCAAAUAAGGUCCUCCUUAUGUUUAACCAAUUAAGAAUAAACCAUGCAGGUCUAUCCCUUUAAGCCGUUUUAGCAUCAUUCAACUCACUCUUUUAAUUUCCUACCCUACAACUGGAAAGUAUUAGUUCAAUCUCAGCGCUCUUAUUAUUUUUUAUUUGUUUUCAUUAAUUCUGAAAGUGAAAAAGGCCCCCCCCCCAAAAAAAAACAAAAACAAAAAAAAAACAUGUGAGCAUGAAAACUCAGUAACCCCAGAGCCAGUUAUUCAAUGUCUUUAGAGCAAAACACAAGAUCUUCAAAUAGAGAGAGAAUCUUGGUCUAACAUGUUAGAUUUACACCAGUAUUACUUAAAUGUGUGACGGUGCUGACUAAUUUUCAGAGGGAUGUGUUGGUAUAGUAAGUCUUGCUGAGGAGUUGUGCUCAUUGACUCUAAAAAAAGUAUGAAUGAUCUUGUUCCUGCUGCCCUCUAAUGGGCAAAAUUAAACCAUGCAAUUCAGGUCUUACCAAAACAAACACUGUUGUUCCAGGCUCCUACUCCGACCAUCCUGCCAAACAAAACUUUGCCAUGGCCCCCAUGCAGCUGUCCCCCAUGGCCCUGCAGCAGCAGCAGCCUCCUCCUCCUCCUCACCAUAUUAACGGCAGCAUGCGGAGCAGCAUCCAGGGGAACAACCAGGUGCUGGAUUACCUGGAGAACCAGGUGAGGGGACUUGAUGUAGUGGCACCUCAACAGGCUCACUAUGCUGUACAAAAUAUUCCUCAGCCUCAGCACCACCCAUCUCCUCCUGUGAUCCCUUACACCCCUGGACCCCCGAGUAUGUUGUCAGCCCUGGAUGAGAUGGGAGUGAAAGGGGUGGAGAGACGGGUGAUAACCCUGCCCCCCAUUAUCCAGCGUGCACCCAGCAGAGAGCCUGGUGGGGGGAACGGAGCCAGGGCUGGUGCCAGGUUAUCCAGCCAGUCUAGUGGGAGUACAAACCGGUCUGGAGGAGGAGGUUUUCCCCGCAGCAGCCGAGGCUACAGAGAUGUCUCUCCACCCAGACCGGGGAUCCUUCGGGAGUACAAUGACGACUCAGACUGGGACAACAGGCGAGGUAGAACCCCAAACAGGGGCUCCAGGAAUGAAAGUAGAGGCUCGCCUGGGAGGAGAGGAGGUCGGUCUAGACCACGAGCCUAUAGUCGUGAUGACCUGAUGGAGGAGCUGUACAACAGAGCAACUCGGAGGGAGAGGAGCUACUCUCCUCCUCAGCGCCGCAAAGGAUCAUGGAGCUCAGAUGACGAGGACAGCAGCAACAGGAGGAGGAAAGGAGGCAAAAGGAAAGAUUGGCCAGAAAAGCCCCCCAGCUACUACUCCAUCGAGGUCCAACCAGGACAGGGCGACAUCAGGAGGAACUACAACCGCCUAUCUGUAAGACCAGCACUCAAACACUGAUUUCUGUUGGUUUCUUUCUGUCCUUAAUAUACUUCUCUUGAUUCAAGUCUUCCUCUUUCUGUCCUCACUGGUUAUCACUGCUUGUGCAAAUGUGUCACUGUCAAAGCACUUCUAUUUAGAUUAAAAUAGUUAAAAAUUACUUGCUGAAAAGUUCACCUCUUUGAUUUUCAGUAAAAUAAGCUGAAAAUCCAUUUACACUGUUUAACCUAACCUCAUCUCUGUCACUUUCUCUCUUUUAGGAUAGAAGCUCCCGUAGUGGCACGAGUGUAGUCAUCUGAAGCAUUUCCACCUUUUUUACUUUUUUUUUGUUUCCUGAAUGUUUCCAGAACAGUGAAGAUGAAGACUAAACGCUGGUACCUUGAUCUACUCAAUCAGCUUGUUUUGAAAUGUAAUGUACUGUAUGUAUAUGUAUACUUUACUCUGUCUUUGUUUUUGACCUAACUGUGUGUAAUUUUGGUCCCCGUACACUGUAGUGUUGUAAUUUGUCAUGGAAGUUUCCUGGUGAUGGAUAAAAUGUUGCUGUCGGUGUUUAUGAAGAAAAUGUUCAACAGUUUCAACAAGCUGUCUCCGAGUUGGAUACUGAGACAGCCUAUUUUUUUUUUAUUCCCUAUUUUGCAAUGCAUUUUAUAUCGUCUAAACUGUUUUUUUAUCAUUAUGACAGGCAGGAAAAGUGUAUAGAUGGACAGAAAGUGAAUAUUUUGCAUGUGUUUAUUAGAAAAACAAGAUGUAAUUAUAAUUUUCAGUAAUUUUUUGCUUCUGUGAUGUUCUUGUUUUUAAAUAAACAUUUUAGAUACA